AUGAUAAAAGCGAAAAUUACAAGCCUUUGUAUCGGAGCGGCAUGUGCCACGAGUAUUUUUUCAUUCUUUCCUUGUUUGGCAAGUCAUAACAUUUUAUUAACUUUUCCUUAUUCAAUUUUUAUUCUCUUCCCAAGAGAACUGGAACUUAAAACUUGCCUGCUGGUCCCCGUGCCGGAGCCUAAUAAUAUUUGUACACUUUCAAAUGUGCCAUGUGGUUGGGACAUUUGCUUGAUCUUAGAUCGGUAA